AUGAGCUCGAAUUUGCAUUUGAUUCCUCCUAAACCACCAGACAUCAAGAGAAAUUUUGCUUCUUUUUUUGUAAAACCUACGAGUUCUUUGAAGAAUGAUGAAAUCAGGUAUGGGUGUGGAAAUGUUUCUUCAUCUUCUGUGAGUCAAUUUGGUCUUGGAAUCCCUUUUGUUAUGCCUCCUUUGGUUAGCCAAAUCUCUUCAUAUGGCCAGUUACCCAUAAUCAUUCCUUCGCUAACUCAAGUUCCUUCGGUUUCUCAAAUUCCUUCGAAUGUUAGUUUUUCUUCAAUUUCUCAUUCUUCUAUGGUUGAUAAGGAUCAGGUUCCUUUGGUAUCUGAAUCUUUUGUCCCUUCGAUAGAUCUUCCUCAUACUAUGAAUCCUGUAUUGGCAUCUGCGGCUAUUCCAAAACCUGCGAAGAGGGUUGUCUAUAAUAACGGCGAACCAGUUGCCCAAGAAGAAUUGAUUGGUGGAAAUAAUAAAAGGGAAUGGCAAGUGGUAAAAGGGAAAGGUGUAACUUCUAAGGAGAGUCGAAGUAUAAGGGGAAGUUCUCCUUUGCAAAUUGAUGGGAAUAUGUUCAAUCUCCUUAGAGGUAACCAUUCUGGUAAGGAUGAUCAUAAGGAGGCAGGUCGAGUUAUUUUAAAUGAAAAGUCUGUUUUUGAAGGUGGGAAAAAGUUGUCUAAAUCUGCUGGUUUGAAUGUGGAGAAGGAAGGUUUUUCGGCUAAUGAAGGUGUAGUUUUUCCUGUUGAUCCAAUUCAAAUUACAGAGGAUGUUAUUGGUGAUAUUUUAGAUGGAAUAAUAGAGAGGGUUGUGGAGGAUGGAAAUUUGUUUGUUCCAGACCAAAUGGUUAGGAAUGGUGUUUCUGGGGAAAUACAGUUUGUCUCCUUAAGUCCAAUAAAUGAUCCUGCUAAAGUGGGUUCUUUGGCCCUAGUAGGAGAUUUGAGUGUGGGAAAUGGACAAAGGGGUUGUCAAGAUGGUGGCUCUGGAAAUGCAGUUGGAGGAAUUGAACAUUGUUUUUCUCCUUCUAAAGCUUCAUUUUAUUUGGAAAGAUUUACCAAGUCUAAAAGUGCUGCUUCCAUUUCUCUUGAUGAUGAAAGAGGAUUAGUCAGAAUUCGUGAGCCUCCUGACAAGGGAUAUUUUUUUGAUACAAGUACUUUGAAGAGUAAGGAUUUGUUGGGAAAAAUUGUGGAGGAUAGUGAAGGUUCAAAAUCAGAUUCAACCUCGGUGGAGUUUUCCUCUGCAGAGGUGGAGAUGAGGGUGUGA